UGUUACUUCAACGAAGAAAACGUUGCUCGGACCUGAAAAGUAGCCCAAGUUUUUUUGUAGUAUGUUGGUGCCGCAUCUGUUGUGGUCCACGUGUACGGAGCUUGACGGGGACAACUGCUACUACCCCUCCUCGGGCCACUAUCUGGUCAUUGACGUAACCGAUCUCACCUUGUGGAAUCCGAUCAUUCGAAGGGUGGAGGUGUGGGAAGAGCAGGCAGAGGAAGAGAGAGAAGAGACGAGCGGAGAAAAGGUGCAAAAGGAAGAAGAGAAGAGCUCCGAAACCAGAUCUGACGAUCCCGACUACAAUGAGUCAGAGGAGGCCGAGUCGAAAGAAAGUCGGUCGGACGAAUCAGGUGGCCCCAACGAGUCGAGCAAGGAAGAGGACGAGGCACUGACACAGAGGAGGAGAGAAAGGGCAAAAGGAAAACGGCCAAUGGAGGAAUCGAACGAACCAACAGCGUGGCUGUUACAAGGCGAUCCGGUGCGCAACCCCGAGCUGCCACCGGAGGAACCUGAGGGAGAUGGUGUCUCCACGGCAGAGGGAUCCGGAAGCAGACGCCGUAGAAGAAGUCCUUCAUCGACUCAAUCCUCUCCACCACCGUGGCCCACCUUCGUCGGAGCAACCGGAAUUCGUCGGAGCGGAGAGCAGAGGACAGGAGAAGAGAGGAGAGGAGCGGAGAGGAGAGAAGAUAGGAGCGGAGAAGACUGGAGAGGAGCGGAGAUAGGAGAGGAGAAGACUGGAAAGGAGGAGUCCGACAGGCGAAACGCGAAGAGGAGGAGAUUACCGGCCGGCGUUCCGCGUCGUCCGGCGUGGACUGCAAGGCGCGGGCGGGAAGAACUUAGAGUGAAAAUUCAUAACCCGCUGCUUCUCAGAUCCAGCUAGUACGCGAAGAUUCUGAAGAUGGCGGGCUCACAGUUACUCUCGGCCCUCCUUCUUGUCUCUUUCAUCCUUCCUGCUCUUUGUCAGAUCUCAUCUUCCCUGCCUGCUCCGGGUUCUGCCGCUUCUGAGGUCUUGAACCCAUCAGCUUCUGCUUCAUCGCCAAGUCCCGAUCCGACUGUGGCCCCUGCUAUCGUGUCAGGAUCGACGGUUCCCCCGAUAUCGAUGGGAACAACUGCGGAUGACCAAGGCUUACAAUCUAGCGCGACUCCGUCGGCUCCGUCGAGCACGGGUAUGUCUUCGGCUUCGACAAGUGCCCCAGACUGCAGCGCUGCGACAAUAGAUGCCCAGCACGCAGUGUGUAUCAAGGUAAACCAUACCUGCACCCCUGAGUGCAAAGCCGCUUUGGACAAAGUGAAGACCUGUACGGGUAGUGGGGCCGUCGAGAAGAUGAAGGAAGCAUGCCGGAGCGGAGCAUCUUCUGUUUCGGCCAGUUUGAUCAUUGCCGCAAUUUUCGCUAUUAUCGCCACGGCAGUUGCUUAUCGGCUAUAGACUAUAGACUAUAGUCUAUAGCCGCUUAGCCGCUUAUCGGCUAUAGACUAACGGGCGAGCUUGACCCUCUAGAAGUAUUACCCUAAUAGAGGUGCAUUUUGCCAUUUUCUCCAUAACCGUCGUUUUUGGAUUGGAAGUUUGAUUCCCUUCGUCUUCGUCAUCGACAGCAUGUUGCAAGCAGCUCUUCGACUCUUGGAUGCGCCUGGUGGAUUGUGGUUUAGGGUACAGAGAGAGAGAGAGAGAGAGAGAGAGAGAGAGAGAGAGAGAGAGAGAGAGAGAGAGAGAGAGGAGGUGGCAUCGUAGGUAGCGCGUGUUGAGAAAUAGAAGAGGUGGGAAAGGAUUGAGGGCAGGCGCUUUCUCCCUGUUGAAGUAAAGGGAGGCUUCAUAAGUUUUGUUCUUCCUUAUUGGAUUGGCCGUUAAAUAAGGUGCUCUUACCGUAUUACUGUAUUACGGGCACGGGUUGCCACGACAUGACACGUCUAUUUUGCGUGUUGGACGUCUAUGCAUCGUAUUACUGUAUUACGGGCACGGGUUGGCACGACAUGACACGUCUAUUUUGCGUGUUGGACGUCUAUGCAUCAUGAUUAUUCUUAUCGUUUCCUGUGCUGAAGUAAAGGGAGGCUUGAUAC